CUACAAUAUCUACACCCACCUCGGAGGGCCUGGCCCACAGUGACACAGAUGGAGUCCACCUGCGUUGCUCACCAAGGAUACCUGGGCUGGGGAGACGGGGCUUGUCGGAGAGGCGGAAGCAGAGGGCACCACCUGUGCAAGGCCCUGGAGCGAGACAUCUGGCCCCGCUGGCUUCGACCCCUUGGGGAUUAGGGCUCCGGCGAGGCUGGCCCCGCCCCCAGACUCCCGGGGAGGGUGGUACUCUGGGGGGGGGGGGCGUGCCCAGGAUGCCCGCCCGGCCGGCAGCUGUCGGGGCAGUCCCGCAGACCGCCAUGGAGCGUGCAGUGAUGCGUCGUCCCACGGCCACGACCAGCCGCGGCAGGGGGAGGCCCGGGGGCCUCUCCGGGGACGCCACGCUCGCCCCGGGGAACAGUACAGGCAAGUGCACCCAAGUGCAGCCGCCUCCAAGAGGUACCCUCCAAGUCCUUCGUGGUGAUGGCAUUUCUGUGGGAACUGUCAUCGUGUUCCACUGCCCCACAGGCCACCAGAUGGUAGGAUCCGGCCUCCUGACCUGUGCCUGGAAGGAGAGUUUCGCCGAGUGGUCUUCAGGGACCCCUGUGUGCAAGUCUGUGAUAGCCCACGAGACCUUCGGCUUCAAGGUGGCCGUCAUUGCCUCCAUUGUCAGCUGUGCCAUCAUCCUGCUCAUGUCCAUGGCCUUCCUCACCUGCUGCCUCUUGAAGUGCGUGAAGAGAAGAGAGCAGCGGCGCCUGGACAGGAAUGCCCAGCUGUGGCUCCAGCUCAGAGGUGAAGACUUGGAGACGGUGCAGGCCGCCUACAUGGGCCUCAAGGGCCUGAGUAACAAUAACAGCGGCGACCCCAGGAUCCAGCCCAGCCAGGCACACGACAACCACAGCUUCACCACAGACCUUGGCGAGGGCACCAGAGAGCUGGCUGGCGUGGCCCACCGUGUGGACAAGGACCUCUGGACCCCCAGCAUCCCUUCCUGCUCACCUUGGGCCCAGGUGACCGAGGCCCAGGCCAGAGCCACUCUCCACACUGGGAGGACCCGGCCGACUGCACCAGCCAGCCACCUACAUCUCGACACGUGUCCAGCUCAAAAUUGGUCAAUGAAGUCAGCACCCAGGUUUAGGGAUCCCUCAGGGCACCACACUGACUCCGGAGUCUGGGGACCCCAAUGGAGAGUAUCCUGUCCCUGGGGAGCCCAGCUGUAGCAGUUUUUAUAGAUUGGCUUCCUUGAAACCACCGCUGAGGUUCACAGGCACAGCUGCAGCCCCCUCCAGUCAGCCACUUUUAAAGAGAUGGGACAUUUUAAGGACAUCUAAUUUUGCAUAGCAGAGGGCAGCUGACCUUAGCAAUCAUGGUGAUUGCCACAGGGGGGGCUGCCUGUAAGCAGGGACCCACGUGGGUGCUGCACCCAUUAUCUGUAAAGUUGUGGUGAGGGGUGUGAAAUAAACAAUUCUAAU